AUGUGUGCGGAGGGUAAAUACAACUUGUAUAACUAUGCGGGCUCCAAUGGUUACUUUAUGCAGCUUCCGUCGUCAAGUUUUUCGCCCCCCCAUGCACUUUUCAGCAUAGAAACAGGCCAGCCGAUCUUGACGGAGUAUAGAUCUGGAUUGCAUUUUGGCGCUGGAGAAGGUUAUCGUGAAAGACAUGCAAUGAUGUUCAACAACGGUCAGAUCAUCUUGCCUAGACUGUUGGGAUUCGGCUGA